AGCGCUACCGGGCUUCCCGCCCCCUCGGCCUGCUCCCUCCUCAUCCCCGUCGCCGCGCGCGCUCCCAGCCCCAGCGCCGCAGACGCCCGGCCGCCGCCUCUGUCGCCGCCCGGAGCCGCUGCGAGGAGCAGGUGCCACAAUGCACAUAAAGAAGUACCUGCUGAAGUGCCUGCACCGGCUGCAGAAGGGCCCCGGCUACACGUACAAGGAGCUGCUGGUGUGGUACUGUAACAACACUAACACCCACGGCCCCAAGCGCAUCAUCUGCGAGGGGCCCAAGAAGAAGGCCAUGUGGUUCCUGAUCACGCUGCUCUUCACCUCCCUCGUCUGCUGGGAGUGGGGCGUCUUCAUCAAGACCUACCUGAGCUGGGAGGUCAGCGUCUCCCUCUCCAUCGGCUUCAAGACCAUGGACUUCCCCGCCGUCACCAUCUGCAACGCCAGCCCCUUCCAGUAUUCCAAAGUCAAGCAUCUGCUGAAGGAUCUGGACGAACUAAUGGAAGCGGUCCUGGAGAGGAUCCUGGCACCCGAGCAGAGCUAUGGCAACGCUUCUAAGGCUCUGAACUCCACCAUCUGGAACUACACACCACUGGUCCUUAUCGACGAGCAGAACCCCCAUCACCCAGUGGUCCUUGACCUCUUUGGAGACAACCACAAUGGCUCGGCACCAGGAAGGACCUGCACUGCGCAGGCGUGCAAAGUGGCCAUGAGACUAUGCAGCCUCAACGGGACCGUGUGCACUUUCCGGAACUUCACCAGCGCCACCCGGGCCGUGACAGAGUGGUACCUCCUGCAGGCCACCAACAUCUUCUCGCAGGUGCCAAACCAGGAGUUGGUGGAGAUGGGCUACCCUGCCGAGCGGCUGAUCCUGGCGUGCCUGUUUGGGCCGGAGCCGUGCAGCUACAGGAACUUCACGUCCAUCUUCCACCCUGAUUAUGGCAACUGUUAUAUCUUCAACUGGGGCAUGACGGAGAAGGCGCUCCCUUCGGCCAACCCCGGAGCUGAGUUUGGCCUGAAGCUGAUCCUGGACAUAGGCCAGGACGACUAUGUGCCCUUCCUCACGUCCACGGCCGGCGCCCGGCUGAUGCUCCAUGAGCAGAGGUCAUACCCCUUCAUCAAAGACGAGGGCAUCUACGCCAUGUCCGGGACGGAGACAUCCAUCGGGGUGCUGGUGGACAAGCUGGAGCGCAAGGGAGAGCCCUACAGCCAGUGCACCAUGAACGGCUCCGACGUCCCUGUGCGAAACCUUUACAGCGACUACAACACCACCUACUCCAUCCAGGCCUGUAUCCGCUCCUGCUUCCAAGACCACAUGAUCCGGAACUGCAGCUGUGGGCACUACCUGUACCCCCUGCCCCGUGGGCAGAGAUACUGCAACAACCGGGAGUUCCCCGACUGGGCCUAUUGUUACUCACACCUGCGCAUGAGCGUGGCCCAGAGGGAGACCUGCAUCAACAUGUGCAAGGAGUCCUGCAAUGACACCCAGUACAAGAUGACCAUCUCCAUGGCUGACUGGCCUUCAGAGGCUUCCGAGGAUUGGAUUUUCCAUGUCUUGUCUCAGGAGCGGGACCAAAGCACUAAUAUCACCUUGAGCAGGAAGGGAAUCGUCAAGCUCAACAUCUACUUCCAAGAAUUCAACUAUCGCACCAUUGAGGAGUCAGCAGCCAAUAACAUCGUCUGGCUGCUCUCCAACCUGGGCGGCCAGUUUGGCUUCUGGAUGGGGGGCUCAGUGCUGUGCCUCAUCGAGUUUGGAGAGAUCCUCAUCGACUUCGUGUGGAUCACCAUCAUCAAGCUGGUGGCCUUCGCCAAGAGCCUGCGGCAAAGGCGGGCCCAGGCUUGCUAUGCCGGCCCACCGCCCACCGUGGCUGAGCUGGUGGAGGCUCACACCAACUUCAGCUUCGAGCCCGACGUGGCCGGGCCGGGCCCCGACCCUGGAACCUAUCCUGAUGAGCAGACCCUGCCCAUCCCGGGCACCCCACCCCCCAACUAUGACUCCCUCCGUCUGCAACCACUGGAUAUCAUCGAGUCGGACAGUGAGGGCGAUGCCGUCUAGACCCAGGGAGCCCAGAAGUCAGACCCAAGAAGCCGAGAUCACUGCCCAAGACUUGACUUUGUGGUGCUCUCCCCAGUGGAAGACGAUGGGUUUCCAGGGCCAGAGUCUGUGUCCCUCUACAGAGAGACCAGCAGCUCCUGGCCUGUCCCAAGCCGAGGGCUGUGUGGGGUCACGGUGCUGGUACAGAUAUGGGAAAUGUGUACUCAUUUGGUUCCUGCCCGUACCUCCAACCUGGCCUGAUCCUUGGCUGGGACAUCCCCAGCCAGGCUCCAGAGACCCUAGAGCACCCUCCCCUGCAGGCACACUGGUUUCCUCCCAAUGCCAGUCACUGCUCCAGAGACACACAGGCAGACAUGCCCUGCCGUCUGUCCCCAGGCCCAGCAGUCUUCCAUCCUGGCCUUGGCUGAGCCCUGCAAAUGGGCUGAGUGAGGGCAGCAGUUGUGCAAAGCAGGAAGAGCAUCAGGUCCAGGGGCAGGGAUGGGGGGCCUGCUGCCAGGUGGCACAUAUUUUGUUCUAGAAAAUAAAAGUAGAAGACACAGA